AUGCUGUCCCCCAUGAUCUUAGCAAUUCUCCUGCCAUCCGCUCUCGCCUUCGCAACUCCCAGAGCGGCCCCCGUCGCCGUGCGGCAAGCAGACGACAUUUGCCAGUGCGAGCCAUUGGAGGGAGGAGCACUUUGGCCUGCGCAGCCAUCCCAUGAUAUUACUACAAAUAUAUGCGUUAAAGGCUCUGGGAGUGUCUCUUGUGUCGCACGGCAUGGGUCUGGGCAACUCUGCGUCGAGUCAGAGGAUGAUAUCAGCUGUGCUUGCGUGGCCGCCGCAGCGGCGCAGUGGGAAAAUGAUGAGGGAGGCGUUUGGUAUUUAUGCAAUGGGGGUAACGUUACCAUCGCCCGGCAAUGA